AUGGUCGACCCAGCGGGUGCUGGAGAGGCGGCGCUGUUGGCGAGCGAGGAUGUAGCGAUAGAUGCGCGACUGCAGGCGGUGCUUAUAGUAGGGGAGGGUGUCGAGGCGGAAGUCGAGGAUGCGCUCACGGUAUUUCUGGCGGACGGCGACGGGGGAGAGGAAGCGCAGCAGGGUCUGGCGUUGGUUCGGACGGGGCUGGCCGAACAAGCGUCGGAAGGGCCUGAAGAGAGCCACCUUGCCGAGCUGUCUGCCUGA